GCGAGGUCAGUGACGUGCGGCGUUGCCGUGUGUGUUUCAAAAGCACAAACUUUAUGUUUUGGUGGCGUCAUUUACCGAAUUUUCCGUGAAAAACUGUAAUAUUGCCUGAACAAUAUUACCACGAUGAGUUUUUCCAGCGACGAAGUGAAUUUCCUUGUUUAUCGGUACUUGCAAGAGUCGGGUUUUCAACAUUCUGCUUAUACUUUCGGUAUUGAGUCGCAUAUUUCCCGAUCAAACAUCAAUGGGGCUCUUGUACCGCCCGCCGCACUUCUCAGUAUUUUACAGAAAGGUUUGCAAUACACUGAAGCUGAAAUCAGUAUAGGAGAGGAUGGACUGGAACAGAGAUUAGUGGAGAGCUUAAGUUUAAUCGAUGCUGUGAUGCCUGAUGUGGUGGCGAGUCGCCAAAAUCAGCAGAAUGCACAAAAACAGCCGAUCAAAUCGGAAAUUACUGAUACAAAUGGCGAAGAAGCUGUAGUGUCAACACAGAAUGAAAACAUGGAAGUAGACACAUCUAUCGAGAUUCCAACUUCCAAAGCUACAGUUUUGAGGGGGCAUGAGUCAGAGGUUUUCAUUUGUGCGUGGAAUCCCACUACUGAUUUGUUAGCAAGUGGCUCUGGGGACAGCACAGCCAGAAUUUGGGACAUGUCUGAUAACACAGCAAGCCCCAAUCAAUUAGUACUGAGGCACUGCAUCCAGAAGGGGGGCACUGAAGUGCCAAGCAACAAGGAUGUUACUUCACUAGACUGGAAUUGCGACGGCAGUUUAUUGGCAACAGGAAGCUACGACGGCUACGCCAGGAUAUGGACCACUGACGGUCGCCUUGCCAGUACUUUGGGCCAGCACAAGGGCCCCAUUUUCGCUCUGAAAUGGAACAAACGUGGCAACUACAUCCUUUCAGCCGGUGUUGACAAAACCACAAUCAUUUGGGACGCGGCAAGCGGCCAAUGCACCCAACAGUUCAGUUUUCACUCAGCCCCAGCCUUGGACGUGGACUGGCAAACCAACACAUCCUUUGCCAGCUGUUCAACAGACCAGUGCAUCCACGUUUGCAAACUAUCCUUAGAUAAACCAAUCAAAUCGUUCCAAGGACACACAAAUGAAGUCAACGCUAUCAAAUGGGACCCCCAAGGCAAUUUCCUGGCAUCGUGUUCUGACGACAUGACUUUGAAGAUUUGGUCAAUGAAACAAGACAAUUGCGUCCACGAUUUACAAGCUCAUUCGAAGGAAAUUUACACGAUUAAGUGGUCACCAACAGGGCCCGGGACGCAAAAUCCCAAUAUGAAUUUAAUCCUCGCGUCUGCAAGUUUCGAUUCAACUGUUAGGUUGUGGGAUGUGGAGAGAGGCGCUUGCAUACACACUUUGACCAAGCACACUGAACCCGUCUAUUCUGUGGCGUUCAGUCCAGAUGGGAAAUUUCUGGCGAGCGGGAGUUUCGACAAAUGCGUUCAUAUUUGGUCAACACAGUCUGGACAAUUGGUGCAUAGUUAUAAAGGCACAGGAGGUAUUUUUGAGGUUUGUUGGAACUCGAGAGGGGAUAAAGUUGGGGCCAGCGCUUCAGAUGGCAGUGUGUUUGUUUUAGAUUUGCGUAAAUUAUAAUUCUUUUUUAUGUACGUGUAGAUAAUUUUAUAUUUUAACUAUUUUAAGGGAAAAGAUGUUGCAAUUUAUUUUGACUGUUGCAAAAAAAGAGCGACAAUAUAAUUAUUAGCAACUA